AUGCCGAAAUGUUCCCGCUGUAGGAACCACGGCUAUUCUUCACUUUUAAAGGGGCACAAACGUUUCUGUAUGUGGCGGGAAUGUCAGUGUAAAAAGUGCAGUCUUAUUGCUGAGAGACAACGCGUAAUGGCAGCCCAGGUUGCUUUACGAAGGCAGCAAGCCCAAGAAGAGGAACUAGGACUAAGCCACCCUAUUCCUCUGCCUUGUACCAGUGAACUGCUUGUCAAAAGGGAGCAGAGCAGAAAUUCAUGCCUUCUGCUGGAAAACAAUUGCAACCAGACAACUAGUGCCACUGCUGGAGUCAGCACACCCAUCUUAUCAGAGAGCAAAAUGCACGUUCAGGAUAUCCCAUCUAUCCCCAGCAGGGGGCACAUGGAGAGCACAUCUGACUUUAUGGUUGACCCAGCUUAUUACAGCAACUUGUACCAACCGUCGCUGUAUCCGUAUUACAACAACCUCUACAAUUAUUCUUCUUACCAAAUGGCCAUGAGUGGUGAACCAGCUGGUGCCAGUGACAUAGUUGGAUCCUCAUUGAAGAAUGGCAUAAGAAAUUUCUCGGCUGCUUAUGUCCCAGGACAAGCAGGAAACCAAUGGCAGGUAAAGAAAUUAGAAUGUAUUGUCCUUUGA